AUGGAUGAUCUAAGACAAUUAUCGCAACAAGAAUGCCUUGCUGAGUUACUGUCUGUUUUCAGCAACGAAGCGCCACAUCAGUCGACAACUUCCCGUUGUCUUAGCGACGAUCCCAGGGUGGAAUUAGGAGGAAGAAAAUUAGUUUCGCGUUGGAUACCCCACCUGUUGACUGAAGAGCAGAAAGCAGCCAUGGUUAAUUGGUGUCAAAAAACGCUUGACCGUUUCAAUUCCGGAAACUCCAAAAAUGUGUACAGCAUUGUUAGUGGUGAUGAAUCGUGGAUUUACGGUUAUGAACCAGAAAAUAAACGACAGUCGGCUAUGGUCGCGACAUUUGUGUCAAAAGCGGAUCAUAUUGCAACAAUUCCUCUUAAUGAGCAAAGAACUGUUACUGCGGAUUGGUAUACCACCAUUUGUUUGCCAAAAGUCAUCACCGAGCUUCGAAAAGUCAACCCCGAAAGAAGGAUCAUCCUCCACCAAGACGAUGCAAGCUCGCACACAGCCCAAAAACCAAGGAAGUAUUUAACGGAAGAAAACUCCUACGAUUUGUUUACUUUCCCGAAAAUUAAAAACAGACUGCGUGGUCAAAGGUUCCAGUCACCAGAAGAAGCAGUUGACGCAUUCAAAAAUGCCGUUUUGGAUCUGCCAGCAAACGAGUGGAAUAAGUGCUUCGAAAAUUGGUUCGAGCGCAUGCAGAUACAUGUUUGA